AUGAAUUAUUUCCUCAGUGAUCAAAUACAAUCACAAGUUUAUGUUAAUGGAAUUAAAUUCCUUAAAUCUAAUAAAAAGAAUUAUCAGAUAGUAAAUGAACCGAUGAAUCCUGAUAAAAUUAAAUUUCUUUGUAAUUAUCCUGGAUGUACGAAACAUUUUAAGGAUAAUCAUCAUUUAAAAGUUCAUCAGAGAAAACAUACGGGAGAAAAACCAUUCACUUGUGAUUAUCAAGGAUGCAAAAGAAGAUUUUCUCAAAAGAAUAACUUGAAGACACAUCAGAGGAUACAUAAAGGCGAAAGACCUUACGAAUGUGAAGUUUGUCAUAAAACGUUUAGGCAGCCAACUAAUUUGAAUGCGCAUCGUAAAAGGAUUCAUGAACCUUUUUUAUUGUGGUGAACAAAAUGUCACAUAAAUUUCUUACUUUUUUGUAGAAAUAAUUUAUUAUUUUUUUUUUUAUAUUUAAAGUAUAAUAUUUAUUAUUAUGUAUUAUUUAUUACUUUUUGAAAUUUGUUAUUACUCAAACCUACCGUAUUUUUUUUUUUUAGAGAUAAUG